CACAUUUUUCUCCCCUAUCUUAAAAACUCUCCCACCAUUAAUUCCUUCUCUCAACACCACCUCCCCUCUCUUUUCCACCCUCACAAGGAGUGGGCAUGCCUUGGAUUUUCCAGGCCCAUUAUCAUGGCUUUCUUUUAUACCUCCUUCUCCUCCUCCUUACACCACCAAUCACAGCCCAACAACAACCACCUGAUGAUGAUCAAUCAUCACAAAAGAACUACAACUCCCCUAUGGCCACUGCCCUCAUUGUUAUGAUCAUUGUUUUCUUCUCCGUUGGCUUCAUCUCCGUCUACCUCCGCCAUGUAAUCGCAUGUCUCGGCAUCCGUAAUUACAAUAACGGACGUCGACGCGGUGGUGGUGCUGGUGGUGGCAGAUGGACAAGGGAGGGCCCUCGUGGACUUGAUCCUACACUAGUCAACUCUUUCCCUACCUUCUUAUACUCCGACGUUAAAGUCCAUAGAGUUGGCAAAACAACACCGUUAGAGUGCGCAAUUUGCAUAAACGAAUUCUCCGACCAUGAAAUACUACGGCUGUUACCCAAGUGCAGCCAUGUAUUUCACCCUCAUUGCAUCGGUCCUUGGCUUGCUUCCCAUGUCACUUGCCCGGUGUGCCGCGCAAAUCUCGAACUUCAAGCCUACGAUAAUACUAAUACUAAUACUAAUACUAAUACUCUUCAGAUAAUACACCAAACGUCUGAGGAUGAAUCAGAGCCGUCUGAUCAAAUCAUAAACAAUGAUAAUGAUGUGAUCGUACGGGUGGAAUCAUCUCAGGAAGUGGUGAUGAAAAGUCCAACACAAGAACUUAUCAAAGGGUUGAGUGAGAGCGGGCGCAUGGGAUUAUUACCCAGGUCGCACUCAACGGGCCACUCAUUUGUGGAAGAUUGUGAGAGGUUUACGCUAAGGUUACCGGAAGAGGUACGUAACAAGUUGGUCAAUGUCAAUCUUAUAACUGGUUUACCAGCUGCUAUUGUUAGUCCUCGGGUCGGCUACCGGGCCAGGAGCUUGGGCUUUACGAACACGCAAUUGAAGCAUGACGGGUGGCGGUUCUCCGUGAGCCCGCCUUUUAUUUCCCGGCCCGGGUCUCCUAAACUUGAAGCGAGUAAUAGUAAUGGUAAUGAUAAUGGUAAUGGUAAAAAUAGUGCUCUUGUUAUGUCAACGGGAAUAUUAAGGAGUCCAAGAAAUAUAUUUAAUCUAAUGAAAUCACCAAACAAAUCACCAUUGAAUCGUGUUGUUAGUUGUAAUGACAUAGGUGAGCGAUCAUCUGAUAGAUUAUGGGCAAAUAAUCCAGUGUGUCAAGAGCAGAAUUUGGAGGGUCGUUAGCAAAUUGGUUGGUGGGAGGGGGUAUAAAAUGAAUAUUGAGUGUUUACAAUUGACUUCAGUUGGAGUUUAUUUAAUUUGUGGAGAGAUGAUGAUUGUUGGGCGACUUAUUUUGUUGGUCCAAAAAGGAGAAAAUUGUAAUUUUCACAUGUAUCUUUUUCUCCUAUCAUUUACACUUUUACAGUUACGUGAUGUUCUUGUAUAUAUGUAAGUUCAAUUAUUAUACUCAAGUAGUCAAGUGUAAUUAUUGUUUGUU